UGAAAAAUAAGUUAAUAAAAAAAAUAAAACGCCAAAUAAUAAAAAAUAAAUAAAUAAUUGAUAUACAAUGUUAUGUUUAGCAAAACUUAAAAUUUUAUACUAGCCUAACAGUUUUUAUCUAAAACUUUGAUUUAUAAGUGACUUUUAGGCUUAUUAAGUUUAUAAAUUAGUUUAUGGUCAUUAAUAAAAUUAUUAAUAUUGGUUAAAACAAUUUAAACUCCUUUUUUUCAAAAAUCUUUGAGUGAUUGAUUAUUUACAUGACUUUUUGCAACAAAAAGACACUUUAUCCGCGAAGAGAUCGAUUUAAUACGCCUCUUUGGGAAACCUUAUGCAACAAUGAAGAUCCUUCGAUUGGUUUUAGAAAGGUUUUUAUGAAUAGUGAUAUAGGAUAUGGAAUUUUUACCACAAAAGCAUUUAUGUCAAAUGAACCUUUAUUGGAAUAUAAAGGAAAAAUUAUCAGCCGUGAAGAAGCAGAACAUCUUCAUGAUCUAUAUGAUAAAAAUGGAAAAGGCUGUUUUAUCUUUGAUGUUAAUGUAAAUGGAAAAAAAUUCAGUAUUGAUGCUACGGAGUGUGUCAAUAUGGCAAGAUUUAUAAAUGAUUCACCAGAAGCAUUUUCUAACUGUCGACCCAAGCAAUAUGUGUUGAAUGGUCUUCCUCACAUUAUUUUAAUUUCCAAAAAAAAUUUACCUUGCGGAAUCGAAUUACGCUACAAUUAUGAUUUUAAGAAUCCUGAAAGUUUAUCUUGGAGAUAUCAAGAAAUUUAUUUAAAACCAUUCACAAUUGAUGAAGUUGAGCAAACUCUUUAUGGAAAGCCACUCAGAAAAAAAGAGUUGUUAACAGCAUCAUCUGUAUUUCGAUCGUUAGGAGAAGCUUUUUCCUCUGAAAAUGUUGUUUUGAAACCACAGAGUCCGUUGGCAUCUCCAUUAAACUUUACAAUAUGUGAUGAAAACCAACUUGAACAAGAGAGUCCUAUGACAUCGUUUUUAAACUUUACAAUAUGUGAUGAAAACCAUCUUGAACAAGAGAGUACUAUAGCAUCUCCAUCAAACUACACAAUGUGUGAUGAAAACCAUGUUGAACAAGAGAGUCCUAUGACAUCUUUUUUAAACUUUACAAUGUGCGAUGAAAACCAUUCUAAACAAGAGAGUACUAUAGCAUCUCCAUCAAACUACACAAUGUGUGAUGAAAACUAUGUUGAACAAGAGAGUGUAAUGGCAUCUUCUUUAAACUUUACAUCAUGCAAUGAAAACCGUCUUGAACAAGAGAGUCCUUUGGGAUCUCUUUUAAAUUUUACAAUAUGUAAUGAAGACCAUCUUGAGCAAGAGAGUCCUAUGGUUUCCCCAUUAAGCGUAACAAUAUGUAAUCAAAGCAAUGUUGAACUAGAGAGUGCUAUGGUUUCCCCAUUAAGCGUAACAAUAUGUGAUCAAAGCAAUGUUGAACUAGAGGUAACAGGGUGUUAACGAGGAAUAAAUUUGAUACAGCGCACAGUGGUCUUAAAAACUUGAUUUUUGGCCAAAAUUAGAAUUUUGAUAUUUUUACACUAAAUCGAUAAUGCUGAAUCUAAAUCCGAAACCAGUUUUUGAUUCAAAGAUUUUGUUCAGAUAUCGCAUUAGCGGUCCAUUCAAGAAUUUCACAAAAAAAGUUUUCAUUUUUAUGCUUGUGGUCUCAUAAAGUAU